AUGUCGGCCGCCGCAGCAACCAAGCCGCCGGGCACCCCGCGUCGCGAAGUCAACACCAGGACUUCCUCGUCUCCUGGAGCUGCCAACCGCACUCCCCGCUCCUCGACGCCCACUACGAAUGGCACCACCCCAGUGUCACGAACACGCUCUGUCCGUGGAGGCGCCAAUGGCACGCCAGUCUCAGCGCGCGCAGCUGUCAAGAAGCCCGCCGCAUCCUCGAAUCUGAGCACCUCACAGGCCGAUGCUGCCGACAACGACGCCCGAGACGAGCAGGCUGCUCUCCUCCAAGAUCUCAAGGAACGCCUGCAAAAGGCAGAGAGCGAGGCAGAGGAGCGACAGAAGCAGGUCGAGAUCCUCAACUCUCGUCUCGACGAUGCUCUCACCGAGCAGGCUAAGCUUGAAGAACGUGCCCACGAAGAAGAGGAGAAGGUCGAGUCGUUGGAGAACGUAAAGCGCGAGCUGACACGCCAACAUCGCGAGCUCGAGGGCAUCUACGAGGCCGAACGUGCGCAGAUUAUCAAGGAGAAGGAGGAGACGCAGUCGCGGGAGGAAGAAAUGCAGAACACAAUCCAGCGCCUAAAGGAGACCAUGGCAAAUAAGAACAUGCCCACUGGCGAGGCUGAAGAGGAGCAGCACCUAUCCCGAGCCUCAAGCUUCCGCAACAACCCAUCCCGCACCAACUCUUCCCAGAACCUCGAGAACGUCGCAUCCUUUGCACCACCCAACUCGGUCAAGCGCAGCGACUCGCGAAACAACUCGAAGCUCAUCCACCAAAAGGACAAGAUCAUCGAAGAUCUGCGUCUCGAGCUCGCCGAAUACCAGGUCAAGGUGUUGGAGGUAGAGAAUGCUGGCGGCGGACGUAUGCGCGAACUAGAGAAGCAACUGCUCGAGACGCGCAUGACCAACGCCAGACUCAUGGAAGACAACGAAAGCUUCCAGCUUCUGCUCGGCGAGAAGACGCUCAACGGAGACUUGAGCCGCGGCGACUUCCUGCGCGAGACAUCCAACACCGAAGACCGCGCACCGUCCCGUAGCGGCCCUUCAACCAGUCUGGCUGACGAACUUCAGUCCGCCGAGGAAGGCGAUGCUGAAGUCGUUCGCAAGCUCGAAACUGAGCUCAGCAGCAUGAAGGCGCAGAACCAGGCCCUCACCCUCUACAUCAACAAGAUCAUCGGUCGUUUGCUCACACACCAGGGCUUCGAAUCGGUCCUAGGAAACGAUGUCGAGAACGAAGGCUCCGGAGGCCCCAACAAGAACAAGGAGCUACCACCGCCGCCUCCCCAAGACAGCGAUCAGCCACAAGGAUUCCUCCAGCGCGCCAAGUCUGUUGCCAUGGGCGGAAACCGCAAGCCACGCCCUUUGUCCAUGAUGGGACCUCCCGCCGCGCCCAACCAGACGAGUGCCCAUGAGGAUCCAGCCACUGCUCCUUCCAUUCCUUUGACGCGAAGCACGUCAGGCCGACACCCAAGCGGCAGCCACCACCACCGUCGCUCAACUUCUGAGAUUCCGGGCCUUACAAGCAACCCAACAUCGCCAGGUAUGGUCUCGCCAGGUAUGGUCUCGCCCCGCAACUCUUUCUUCGGUCCGCCAGUCAUCUCGAGGGCGCCGUCCGGUCAAGGCCCCAUCCCCGAAGACAAAGAGGUGGACACACGGACAGAGUCUUCCUCGGCAAGCCACGUCGAUACACCAUCCCCACCACAGCAAAAGCUGCCACGCAGUGAGACCACCGGUCCUAUGACGGGUAAAGGCAUGCGACCUCUUCGCCUCGUCCAGAACGAAGAAGAAGCUUCAAAGGCCCGCAAGGCCGCCAACCGCGCAAGUUGGUUCGGCGGACUCUUUGGCGCCAACCAGCCACAGCAGAACCAGGAGAACGCUUAG